UUGAAAUAUUGAGUAAUACCGAUCAAGAAAGUUAAGAAAAUGGAGGAAGCAACAGUGGUAAUUGUGGGUGGAGGUCCUGGUGGACUUGCAGUUUCAGCAUGCCUAUCAGAAAAGUGUAUCUCUCACAUAAUACUUGAGAAAGAGGAUUGCAGUGUCUCUCUUUGGAGAAAAAAUGCAUAUGAUAGAGUAAACCUUCAUUUGGCUAGCGAGUUUUGCUCUUUGCCUCUCAUGCCUCACCCACCUUCAGCCCCAACAUUCCUAUCCAAAGCAGAUUUUCUUCAAUACAUAGACACAUACAUUGCACGUUUCAACAUAAACCCUCUUUACUCUCGUUUUGUUGAGUCUGCCAAGUACGAUCAAGUUGGGAACAAGUGGAGGGUAGAAGCAAAGAACACUCAAGAAGACAAGGUGGAAGUUUACGUGGCUAAGUUUCUUGUGAUUGCCACAGGUGAAAAUAGUGAAGGCUAUAUUCCUAAUGUGCCAGGACUAGGAAGCUUUGAAGGAGAGAUAGUGCACUCCAAAUACUACAAAUCAGGUUCAAAAUAUGAAUCCAAAGAGGUUUUAGUAGUUGGUUGUGGUAACUCUGGUAUGGAGAUUGCUUAUGAUCUCCAAGAUUUUGGUGCAAGAACUUCUAUUGUUAUCCGAAACCCGGUUCAUGUCCUCACCAAAGAAUUGGUUCAUCAAGGUAUGUCUGCACUGAAGCAUUUAUCGGUUGAUGUUGUGGACACUAUGGUUACCUUUUUGGCAGACACAGAAUAUGGUGAUCUCUCUAAGUAUGGAAUUUAUCGCCCCAAAAAGGGACCAUUCUAUCUUAAGGGUGUUAUUGGAAGGUCUCCGGUUAUCGAUGUCGGAACCAUUGCAAAGAUUAAGGAUGGGGCAAUUAAGGUAAUUCCUUCUCAUAUAACGGGAAUUGAGAACAAGAAAGUCAUCUUUGGAAACAAUAAAGUAAAAGAGUUUGAUGCGAUCGUGUUUGCUACUGGCUAUAGAAGCAUAGUUAAUACGUGGCUUAAGGAUUACAAAUAUGUUCUAAACGAUGAGGGGAUGCCAAAAAAUGAAUUUCCAAAUCACUGGAAAGGUGACUAUGGAUUGUAUUGUACAGGAUUGUCAAAAAGAGGCUUAUUUGGAGUUAAAAUGGAUGCUGAAGUUAUUGUCAAUGAUAUCAAUCAAACUCUUAAGUUACAUUAGAAAGUAUCUUUCCUACGAGUCUCUUGCAUAUAAUUUCCAUAAAUGGGAUUAUAAUAUAUUAGUUAUGAUGAAUAUAUUUUUAAUUUCAUGUAUUAUAUUACUACAUGAAAACUAAAGGGCUAUGGUAUUUAAAUUCAUCAUAUAAUC